AUGAACCGUUUGACUACUCAGAUGAUCAUUAACACCUUCCACUACACUGGUGUAUCCAGCAAAAAUGUUGCACUUGAUGGACCUCAUCUGAAAGAUAUCAUCAAUGUUGCCACCAAUAUCGAAAACAUGUUUGCUUUCCAUAUACUUGAAAUCUGA